GAGUCCGUGGUUCAUCCCCGGUGGGGCCCAUCCUCUCCGAGCCCCCAACAUGGCGCUCAAACCUAAAGACUUUUCUUCUACCCGCCAACGACUGUUACUGCCGGGAAAGCCCGUUUCUCCGCGUAUUACAAAUACCCACCACCGCCUUCGUCUCUUUCAACAAGAAAAAAAAAAUAAAAUAAAAAAAAUCGAAAGUUCCAGAAACCCUAACCCUAGAUUUUUAUCUCAGAAAAAAGCUACAGAAAGUCGGCAAAGCCCAGCUCUAUAUAAAAUGCCCUCUCCUCCACCGAUCAUUUCUCCUCCAUUCAGAGAGAGAAGGAGAGGGAGUUAUCUUUUUUCUCUCCGCAAAUCAAAACCCCCUAAUUUCCUCCCCGUUGAUGGCUUCCAGAGAAAACCCCUAUUUCAAUCGGUUGAAAUCCCCACCGUUGGCUCCGCCACCUUCUUCGUCUUCUUCUUCUCCUCCAUUGAUCAAUUUGGAGGUCUCGAUCGGAUCAACUUCCUGUGAGAAACCGGAUUUCAGAGCCCCUUCUGCUCUGAAAUCGUCGAAAGACGGGUCUUUUGGAGAAAUAACGGGUUUCUCGGAUACUGAAGAGUUUCCGUCUUCUUCUUCUCCAUUGAUGGAGUUCGAAGCAUUUUCUGCUUUGCAAUCAUCCAAAGACAGCUCUAUUGGGGAGAAAUCGGGCGUUUCCAUGAUGAAAGAGCUUGUGUCACCUUCUUCGUCAUCUCCUUUGAUGGAAUUUGAAGCCUUUUCAGUUCUGAUGUCUUCCAAAGAUCACUCUCUGAGAGAGAAGGUGGGGUUUUCUCGGGAAAUUCCAUCUUUUUCAUUGUCUUCUUCGGUGUUGAUGGAUUUUGAAUCCCUUUCUGCUCCAAUGUCUUCCAAAGGUAGCUCCUUUGGAGAAAAAAUGGGCUUGAAAGAGCAUUCGUCUACUUCUUCUUCACUGAGUAUGGAUUGUGGAGCUUUUUCUUUGGUGAAAUCCGAAAGUAAAAGCAGCUCAUUUGGAGAAAAAAUGGUUCUUCCUGCCAUGAAAGAGCCAUCUUCUUCAUUAAUUGGCUCUAAAUGCAGCUCGUCUGAGGAAAAGGUCAUGAACUUUUCCUCACCUCAAAUGCUGCCAGAGACUGGAAGUUCUAUGGAUGCAGAGCGAGAAAAAAUGGGGGUUCCUCAGCCCCUUGAUUGCCUCCAAGGCAUCCCAAUCCCCCCAUUCCUUUCCAAGAUUUAUGAUCUGAUUGAUGACCCGUCAUUGGAUUCAGUCAUCUCGUGGGGCUUGAGCGGAGAGAGCUUUGUGGUGUGGGACCCUGUGGAGUUCUCACGGGCUGUCCUUCCUCGCCAUUUCAAGCACAACAAUUUCUCCAGUUUUGUUCGGCAGCUCAACACAUAUGGUUUUCGCAAGAUUGAUACAGAUCGGUGGGAGUUUGCUAAUGAAGAAUUCCUGAAGGGGAAGAGGCAUCUGUUAAAAAACAUCCACAGGCGCAAGUCAUCUCAGGUCCCGCAGAUUGGGCCCUCUCUGGGGCCAUCCCUUGUAACAGUGAAAUCCGAAUUGGAAGAUGAGGCCGAGAAACUGAGAAAAGACAAGAACUUGAUGAUGCAGGAGGUUGUGAAAUUGCAGCAGGAGCACCUCACAACAGUCAACCAAGUGGACAGGAUGAACCAACGGCUACAGGCAGCAGAGCAGCGGCAGAAGCAGAUGGUCUCUUUCUUGGCAAAGGUACUUCAAAACCCAGUCUUCUUAACCCAUCUUCAGCAUCAGAAGGAACAGCAUGAGAUUGCUGCUAUGCGGGUAAAAAGGAAGUUUCUCAAGCAGCAACAAGCGGGCCACAGCAAUCAGGGCUCAUCUAUGGAAGGGCAGAUAGUGAGGUACAAACCAAGUUUGGGUGACACAACUACAUCUAUGACAGCACUGCAAGAUGUUGGACCAGAUGCAGGUAAACAACUACCAGACUAUCUUUUACAAGAUAUGGUGGGCAAGCUCGGGCUUGAUGCAGUUUCUGGUGCUGAAGCCCAAAUCGGGGGUUUCACUUCUGAUGAAAUAGAGCAAGAAUUUACAGAAGCAUCGAAUCAGAUUGGAGUGGAGGGGUCCAGAUUGUCAACUGUGGACCCCAGCGAUGUCCACUUCAAGCAGAAGAAUGUAUUGAGCUCCCACACUGAUGUUAGCUCCAGCAGUUCUGAGUAUUUCAUUUCAUUUCCAGAGGAGUUGUCACAAGAUAAAAUGCCGUUGGUCUUCAUGUCCCCGGCAAUCGAGGGCAUCAUCAAACAGGAAGACAUAUGGAGCAUGGGUUUUGAUGCUGGUGCAAGUCAGCCUAGUUCUAGCCAUGAUGUGUGGGGAAAUAUCCUCAGUUCUGAUGAUCAAGAAUUGGCAUUUUCAGCUGGGUUAUGCAACUUUGGGGACCUUGGAUCACGAAAACCAGAGGAAGGUUCAAGAAUUGACAAGUGGAUGGGUGAUGAGUCCUCUUUCGAUGAUCUCGAAACCCAGCUGGGCCAUCUAGAAGAAGAGCAUUCUCGAGGCAUGGAUCCGUAGGAUGGCGUCCGCUUCAUCUCUUGGUGUCAUUGCAGAUUCUAUUUAUUAUUAUUAUUAUUAUUAUUAUUAUUAGUUUAUGGGUUUGAUGAUUUACAACAAUAAAUUCAGUUACUUUUGGCUAUGGGUUCUUUUUUAGCUUUAUGUUUGUUCUUGCGCUAGUUUGGUAGUACCAUAUUACCCUCCCAUUCUUCGAGAAUUUUUCUGCCAAUCA